AUGUUUAAUGAGGUCUUUGUGGCGCGUCGCCCGUACCUGGGAGUGCCAUUUUUGUCGCGCGCGCCAAAAAACGCCUGUCCGCCGGGAUCGCUCGCCCGCUUUUCGUCGGGUUCUCCGACCGCAAUGCCUGGUGGAAGCCGGUGCAAUGUCGCGCACUUUGUUCUUUUCGUCGUCGCCGCCGCCGCCGCCGCUCGGGCCCUGGUCCCAGGCCGUUUCGGCGAAAAGUCGCCGCGGCCCGAACAAGUCGGUGGGGCCGAGGCGAGGGGCGAGGCGGGGAAAGGGGUGAAGAUGGCGACGAAGAAGCGCGUCAUAACCCCGUUUCUUCCGGUGCAGAGCACCGCAAUGCACCGGGAUUGCGAAAUCGGCGCGCCCCCACUCACCUUAAUGGCCAGUCGCGCGUUAAGGCGCGCUCUCUUGGAAUUUUUCAUCGCAAGGCUGGAAAUUGGGGGAAAGAAAAAACGGCGAUCAAGAGAGGCGGUAUUAAUCGCUUGUCGCCACCAGUCGCAGCGCUGA